UAACUCGCUUGGAAUCUCACAGUCAGUGGAGGUGAUGGAACUCAAAUCCAAUUCUGAAUGCAAAGUGAGCUCAUUACCACUAUUCUGUGUCAUCCUUAUUAUUUUUGUAUGAAGUUUAGCUUCUCAUACCUUUAACAGAAUGUAAAGAAUUGGAAGAGAGAAAGGUAAAAAUCAGUUGGAAACCCACUCCUGUGUUUAACAGGCACUUCCUUUGGUGUUUCUCCAUAUAUCAUUUCAUUUCACACCACAGCCCUAGGAAGUAUUUUUUUUUCAAUUUCAUUUUAAAGAUGAAGAAUCUGAGGCUCAUAGUGAUUGGGUGAUUUUUCCAAAGGCACAUGGCUUGGAAACAGCAUAGAAAAACUAAAUCUAGGCUUCAAUUUCUAUUUUUUUCCCUCUGAACCUUUGCUCCUCCCCCAAAUGAUUAAGAUAGGGAAUUUUAUAAGGAAACACAAGCAAGAUUGGGGCUGUAUAACCUGGAGAGGAGAAGUCUGCUGGGUGGCAUGGUGGCUGUUCCUUCAAGACAGCUGAACUGAGAGUCUGAGUCUGGCUGUGUGCUAUCCAUCAGGAAUUGCGUCUUGACUCUAAAAAUACUGGGGUGUGUGUCAAUAAAGAGUCCGAGGACUUACCUUCCCUGAAGAACCAACGCUUAAUGUCCCAGUAUUUCUUCCCAGAGGCAUUAAGAACAGCAGUGCAGCCACGGGGGAGCCAGAUUUCACUGCCCAGAAGUGAGAAAACGUCAGUGCCUUGAGUCUAAUAUUGGGCCUUCCAGCUGGAUAACAGAAUUGAUUACAUAUCCAGGCUCCAACAGAGAGAAACAUGAAUGAGCAAAACCCACACCACGCAAUCCAGGAAAAUAAAUAACUACAAAACAGUCUAAAAACCCAAGAGAAAUUCAAAGGGUCAGGGAUGGAACCUUGGGUUCCCCAGGGCCAUCUCAGCCACGGGGGAGGCCCAUGGCGCCAUCAAAGGAUGUAGACCGAGAUCUUUGGAGAGGACAUCAUCGGCUUCUUCCUCACCCUCGGCACAAUGGAGAGAGGUUCCAUCAAUGGCAAGAUGUCCGAGGGAGCCCACAGCCCCCGCAGGACCCCAGGGCUGACCCACAACAGCCCCAUUAUGCAGCCAGGCCUGGGGAGUGGCCUCUACCUAUGUCCAGUGCUGACUACUAUGAACGGGGUUAUCCUAGUCAGAUGUACUUGAGGCCAGGCUAUGAGGAUGCCUAUCGGAGAUGCCACUCUCCAACACUGAGGGAAGAAUAUACCUAUGGAAAUUACUACUAUCGUGGACACCCACAGUGGCUGCAGGAAGAAAGAGUGCCAAGGCAAGGGAGUCCUUAUAUCUGGUAUGAAGAUUACGGAGAACAAAAGUACCUCAAUGAACAUCAUCGUGAAAACCGGAACAGUCCUUUUGCAAAUAGUGAUGCUCAGUUCCAAUCCACCAGCUGGAACCCUUAUAAAGACAGUCCUGCUUCCAGCUCUAGACAGGAGCAGCCUGGGGGGCUCUUUCCUACUCGGAAUCAGAAGAAUAAGCCAUCGCUGACCAAUAAGUCCAACCUUCUCGAGCAGCAUGAGUCUGGCCUGAGCUCUAGCAGUUAUGAGCUCAGUCAGUAUAUGGGAGAUAUCCCCAAGCAGUAUGAACCUAAGGCUUCAGCAGUUUGGAGACCAGUUCGGGCUGGGGAUGUAUCAGCAGCUGGUCCCAAGACACCCAUGAAGUUCUAUAUCCCUCAUGUGUCCGUGAGUUUUGGGCCUGGAGGCCAGCUGGUGUGUUCGUGUCCCAAUUCUCCCAUAGAUGGACAAACAGCUCUUGUGGAACUGCAUAGCAUGGAGGUUAUUCUUAAUGAUUCUGAGGACCAAGAGGAAAUGAGAAGUUUUUCAGGACCCCUGAUCAGGGAAGACGUACACAAGGUGGACAUCAUGACGUUUUGUCAGCACAAAGCAGCUCAGAGUCGCAGAUCUGAGACACCGGAGAGCAGAGACUUGGCUCUACUGUGGCAACUGCUGGUUCUCCUUUGUCGCCAGAAUGGGUCCAUGGUGGGGUCUGACAUUGCUGAGCUGCUGAUGCAGGACUGCAAGAAGCUGGAGAAGUACAAGAGGCAGCCCCCAGUGGCCAACCUCAUCAACCUGUCCGAUGAGGACUGGCCGGUGCUGAACUCUGGGACCCGCAACCUGCUCACUGGAGAGAUUCCUCCCAUGGUGGAGACACCUGCACAGGUCUUGGAGAAAUUCACUAACCGGCUUUACUACGGAAGGAAGAAGGAGGCCUUGGAAUGGGCUAUGAAGAACCACUUGUGGGGUCAUGCUUUGUUCCUAUCCAGCAAGAUGGACCCAAGGACCUACAACUGGGUCAUGAGUGGCUUCACCAGCACGCUGGCGCUCAACGACCCCUUGCAGACCCUCUUCCAGCUCAUGUCAGGGAGGAUUCCACAAGCAGCCACGUGUUGUGGGGACAAGCAGUGGGGAGACUGGAGACCCCACUUAGCUGUGAUUCUGUCAAAUCAGGCUGGGGACUCGGAGUUGUAUCAGAAAGCAAUUGUCACCAUGGGGGACACCCUAGCUGGGAAAGGGCUUGUGGAAGCUGCUCACUUCUGCUACCUCAUGGCUCAUGUGUCCUUUGGCCACUAUACUGUGAAGACAGACCAUUUGGUGCUGCUGGGCAGUAGCCACAGUCAAGAGUUUUUGAAAUUUGCAACCACUGAGGCUAUCCAGAGGACGGAAAUCUUCGAGUACUGCCAGAUGCUGGGCCACUCCAAAUCCUUCAUUCCUUCUUUCCAGGUGUAUAAGCUCCUUUAUGCUUCCCGUCUGGCAGAUUAUGGUCUGGUGUCCCAGGCCUUGCAUUACUGUGAAGUCAUUGGUGCAGCUGUCCUGAGCCAGGGAGAGAGCAGUCACCCUGUGCUAUUAGUGGAGCUCAUCAAGCUCGCAGAGAAACUGAAGCUGUCAGAUCCUCUGGUUUUAGAAAGACGCCAUGGGGACAGGAACCUGGAGCCAGAUUGGCUAGUGCAGUUGCGAAGGCGACACAAGGAUCUAGAGCAAAAGGUAGCAGGAGACACUGGAGUUCCUCAUUCUGCUCGCUCAGAUAUUUUGGGAACCAGAGGAACAACAACAGACACUGUCUACCAGGAUCUUUUGGGACAGCAAGGCAACUCAGAAGACCCUGGGCACCAGUCAGCCCUGUGGCCAACACCUGAGCAGACAGGCAUUGCCCAGUCUAGCCCACAGCAGUCCUUUCCCCUACAGCUGGACCCUUACCCAGCAGGAGGCAUUCCAGGGCACAUAGGGGUCCCAGUACCUCUUAACUCUGUUCCUGAGACCCACCUCCCAGGGACCAGUGGUGGCAUCAGCAGCAUGGCAGUAACAGGGGAUGCUGAAGGAACAGUCGGGGAGGAUACACUACAGCUCCAUCCCACCCUGGGAGAGGACACAGCCCCUCAGGAACUCUCCCAGGAUCCUGACGGUCACAAGGUCAUUUCUGAACCUCAGGUGACAGGACAAGACAGAAAAGAUGCCCAGGCCACUCUGUUGUUUCUGCUUUUUACUACCUGCCUCUGGUUUCUUAGUCACAUGCUAGCUCCACUUUGA